CCCUGGGCGUUUGUCACUGCGGGGGUAGACAGGCGGUGGAUCGCGACACUUUUUUUUUUUUCUCUUCGGCGAUCGGUCCUCGCCAUCAUGUUGCGGGUCUGUCAGCGCGUGGCCACCACAGCGGCUCAGAAUUGUCUUUGUAGUAAAAGUUCACUCCGUUCUUCCCGGCUGUCUCGUGGAUAUGCCUCAUCUAGAGAGUCUGGUGUCUCUGCAGGGAAAAUAAUUGGUGCCAGUGUUUUGUUUGUUGGUGGAGGAAUAGGUGGAACUAUUUUAUAUGCAAAUUAUGAUCCACGCUUCCGAGAAAAUGUAGAGAAGACAAUCCCUUAUUCCAGUGAUUUGUUUGAAAUAGUUUUGGGUCCUCUUCCUUAUAUUUCAGCACCAAAGAAACCAAUACAGUCAGCUCCACUAAAUAUCUCUUCUGUAGCAGAAGUAAAGAAAGAAUCUAAACAAGCAGUUGUGAAAUCUCCAAAGACCAAAACAGAUACUACUUCAACUACUACUGAAGAAAAAGAAGCAGGCUCAGAAGUCGCUCACAUACUCUCAGCAACAGGUGAAGCAUUGUCAGUACCAGCUCCAGGAAUGCAGCAGGAGGAGGAAUGCUACAAAAGUCACGUUCAGCAAAAACCUCCUGACUUAGGUAUCUUUUGUUUAUCUCAAAAUUCUGAAACAAAUAUAAUUACGGAAAUUCAAAAAAUAACUCAUGUAGCUGACCGACUGACAACAGAUGACCUGAACUCUCUCAUUGCUCAUGCUCAUCGCCGCAUAGACCAGCUGAAUAAGGAGCUGAUAGAUAUGAAAGUCCGAGAAGAACAACAUAUUAAGACAGCUUUAGAAAAGCAAAAACUGGAAGAGAAAAAAGCUUUUGAGUCAGCAGUAGCAAAGGCAUUGGAACGUCAUAAGAAUGAAAUCCAAACUGAACAGGAGAAGAAGGUUGAAGAAGCUCAAGAAGUUAUGGAAAGUGAAAUGCGAACUCAGUUACGCCGACAAGCUGCUGCACAUGCUGAUCACCUAAGAGAUGUUCUCAGAAUUCAGGAACAAGAACUGAAACAACAAUUUGACCAGAAUUUAUCUGAAAAACUUACUGAACAAGAACUUCAACAUAAACGUCUUCAUCAGGAACAGAUUGACAACUUUACUCUGGAUAUCAAUACAGCCUAUGCCAGACUGAGGGGAAUCGAACAGGCAGUUGAAAGCCAAGUGGUUGCUGCAGAAGAAGCCAGGAAAGCCCAUCAGUUGUGGCUUUCAGUUGAAGCUUUAAAGCAAAGUAUGGAAACUGCUGCUGGGGAUAGUCCCACAGAACCUUUGGAGGAAGCAGUACAGUCCAUCCAACUCAGCUGUCCUGAUGAUGAAUUCACCCAAGCCUUAACAGCUGCCCUUCCUCAAAAAUCACUCAGUCGUGGGGUAUACACGGAAGAGGCACUAAGGGCACGCUUUCACACAGUCCAGAAGCUGGCUAAAAGAGUGGCACUGAUAGAUGAAACAAGAAACAGCUUGUAUCAAUAUUUUCUGUCUUAUCUGCAGUCCCUUCUCUUGUUUUAUCCUCAGCAGCUGAAGCCACCAACUGAGCUUGGUCCCGAAGACCUGGACACAUUUAAGUUGUUCUCUUAUGCAUCCUACUGCAUUGAACACGGAGACUUAGAAUUGGCAGCUAAAUUCAUCAAUCAACUUAAAGGAGAACCCAGAAGGGUGGCCCAGGACUGGCUGAAUGAAGCUCGGAUGACCUUGGAGGCAAAACAAGUGGUGGAUAUCCUGACUACUUAUGCUAGUGCUGUGGGCUUGGGAACAACUCAGGUGGACUAAUAUAAGCCAGAUACGCAGGACAUUAGUCAACCAACAUUCAAGAUUUGCAAUAGUACUGGGAAUUGGUGGGAGACCUAACUUGGUUCUAAACCAUGCAAGCAACUCAGUGUCAUUGGGGGGGGGGGGGAAGUUCCAUCUCCUAGUACUCUUAUAAAUCUUAGCACCUGUUGCAUUUGCAUUUUUUUCCUUCAGCCAUUUAUCAUGUCUGGAAUGUGUUUUGUUUUUGUUUUAAUCUAUAUAACACAGUUUCCAGGUAUUACUGAUUGAGCUUGUGAACCCACCAAAAUAAUGUUUAUAACCUCUUACUGAUUUGCCAUUUGGCUCAAUUAAAUAAAUGAUAUUUAAACAA